UUUGGAUCUUUUUGUUUAUCUGUAUCAAAAUGAUACUCCCAUUCGGGUGACAUUUUUGUCGUCUCUGUCGUUUGGCGCGAUGCCUCCUAAAGUUGUCUCAGGAAAGGCUGCUAAAAAGUCCUCUAAAGUCAAGACUCCCAAGUCUGAGAAGAAGAAGAAACGAAGGAGGAAGGAAAGCUAUGCUAUUUACAUUUAUAAGGUUCUACGACAAGUCCAUCCAGAUACGGGGAUUUCAUCAAAAGCUAUGUCUAUAAUGAAUUCAUUCGUUAACGAUAUUUUCGAAAGAAUCGCGGCUGAAGCUAGUCGUUUGGCUCAUUACAACAAGAAGUCCACCAUCACGAGUCGUGAGGUUCAGACUGCCGUUCGCCUGUUGCUACCUGGAGAGCUUGCGAAACAUGCAGUGUCUGAAGGUACUAAAGCAGUUACAAAGUACAGUGGGUCGAAGUAAAAUGGAGUUUUAUUUCAUCUGUAUUGUUUUAAAGCCACCAAUAAACUAAUUUUCACUUC